AUUUAUUAUCGUUCUUAACUAGGGAGGUGGCAACAAGAGCAGAUGCCGCCCUGCUAGAAGACUCCUGUUUAUAUUCAUCAGUGUGUAUAACUUGUGAUAACUUAUUACUACCAGCCAGGCGAGAAAUUUCCUCUUGAGCAGUUGUUUUAACAAGUGAUUUAAGGAAGUGAUUACUAGCAAUGAGCUUCUUGCAGGAAAGGAAGACGAAGAACUGUAAAAUAUACUUUACCACAAGUGAGUCUGGAAGCAUGAUAUACACACGAGAAUCAGUAAUGGCCCUCAUCGAGGAAAAAGAAAAAAUAGAGCAAACUCUAAAAGAAUUGUGGGAUGUGCUGAAAUCAAAUAAUAUGGGCAUGACCGAACCAGUAAUUGACAGUGAGGGUUACCCUCGCUCAGAUAUUGAUGUUUACCAAGUACGUCAUGCACGGCACCAGAUAAAAUGCUUGCAGAAUGACCAUACAGCCCUCUUGCAGCGCAUUGAAGAAGGCCUGGCUGUUGUUCUCAGCCCCUCCAGUGCAGAGAAUUUAGAUCCCAAUGGCAUCAAUAUUUCUCCUGCAUCACCAGCCCGUGAACCAUUUGCUAAAGUGGAUCACGUUUCUCUUGGCUCACCAGCAAACAUGGCAGGACUUCUAGAAAAUGACUUCAUAACGCAGUUUGGAUCCAUCACGUGUGACAACUUCCGCAGCUUGACUAAUAUAGCCCAGGUUGUGCAGCACUCUGCAAACUCUCCCAUCCAGAUUACUGUAAGUCGCAACGAGCAAAGUAUCUCACUCUCCCUCACCCCUCGUCAGUGGUCUGGACGGGGUCUUCUCGGGUGCAAUAUUGUUCCUGUUGAAAAACUGGACCGUUGAGACUAUCAUUGAAGCUGCUUUGGUACCGGAUGAGUUUUGCUCUUACAAGAUUGUCAUGUGUUUUGUGAGGAAUUUCUUUAUUUGUAUACAAGUAAGAAUAUGUGACUAAAUAGUUUAGAAAACCAGCAAGUUGAUGAAUGUUGCACAAGUUUCUCAUUUAUAAAAUAAGAAUAUACUCAGUGUAUUUCUGUGGAAUUACCACCGAUACAUCUGUUAUGGUAUAUUAUAAGGUGUAUCAAAGAAUAUUUGUAUACAGUAGAAUAUUGCAUUAUAUUGUUCACUUAUUGAAAAUUCGUAGUUUUUGCCUGAUUUUUGCACCUUUUUUCAUUUAUAUUAGCUGGUUACAAUAUAAAUAAUGCAGUUUAUUUUUUUCAAUUGCAUUUGUGUUUAUAUUGCACUGUAUUGUUUCUAGUGCAGAAAUAUAAUGUUGAAAUGUUUGAAAAUUCAAAAUAAAUGUAAAUCAGUAAA